AUGAGACUAAACGCGUGCAGUUUAGUGAUUGGAUGUUUGUUCCAUUUACUAGCUAUCCUAUUGCCUUGCCAAUCAGCUCACGAUCCCACCAAAAGCUUCGUUUCCUUGCCCUUCAAUCCCUCCUACUACCACAUCCAGAGCCCUUACAAUUUGCCUGAGAAGAAGCGGUACAACUUCGUCAAUGGAGUCCACAAGUGCUGGGUUUACUCCACCGACAAGCCCCACUCCCGCACCAGCAGGACCAAGCCCCGCACCGAGAUCGCUAUUCUGGGUUAUCGAUACAACUCAGGCAUAUGGGAAUUCGAAGCGUAUGGUUACGUACCGAAAGGGACAUCUGGUGUGUCGAUUAUGCAAGUGUUUGGUAGCAAACCUCCGAGGGCGACUUCAUUGAUGCUCAUGGUUUACGGUGGCAGCCUUCGUUACUACAGCAAAGGUCCAGUCGUGCUCGCGGAUGUCUACGACAAGUGGUUCAAGCUGAACGUGAUCGACGAUUUCGAUUCAGGGAAGAUCCGGGUUUACAUUAAUAAUGUGCUCAAGCUGGAGGUUGUUGGCCGCGGGGGCAAACAUCAUGCGUUCAAAUGUGGGGUGUACGCGCAACGGAAAGCUUCUCGUCGCAUGGAGUCUCGUUGGAAGGGCAUAAAGAUUUCCAGAAAGAGAGCCUAG